UAGUCUGACAUGUGUAUCACUGAAAUUUUGUGCUUCAUGUUUUUCCUGACUAUUUUGUAACUUUAUUCACAAAAAUGCCUAUGGUUGUUCUCUUUAAUUAACCUUAUUAAACUACUAUUUAACGGCAUUUUUAAAUUUGUGUAUAUCAGCUGUAAUUUGUACAUUGAAUGCAAUAGUGUAAAUAUGGUUAGGAGUGGGAGAGACAGAGAUAGGGAUCGUGACCGCAGGCGCUCUAAAAGUCGGUCAGCGACCCCGGACCGAAAACGCAGGCGUUCCCGUUCUAGAAGUAGAGACCGCAGUUCAAAAGUAUCGAAGAGGAAGCGUAGUCGCAGCAGGGAGAGAGAUUCGAAACGCGACCGUAGUAGAGAUCGCGAUAGAGAUCGCAAAAGUGAUAAAAGAGAUGACAAGAGGAAUGGAUCAAGCAAGUCUCGGAAGAAGACUCCAGAUAGAGACAGGGAUAGGGAUAAAGACAGAUCCAAAUCAAAGGAAAAAACUGUUAAGUCAGAAGAUUAUAACCCAGGGACAGCUGACAAGGAAGAAGAGCAAAGCAGGUUGGAAGCAGAAAUGCAAAAAAGGCGAGAUCGCAUUGAGCGUUGGAGAGCAGAACGCAAACGUAAAGAGAUAGAGUCAGCUAAGAAAGAGGUGCAAAAGGGAAGUAUUGUAACUAAUAUCCAAUUGCCUACUGCCAAAAAGUGGUCUUUAGAGGAUGACUCUGGUGAUGAAGGUGAAGAUGGUGAAGGUAAGGAAAAGGAAAAGGCUGAAGAGAAAAUAGAGGUAGAAGAUGAAAUAGACACAUUAGAUGCUUACAUGCAAGAAGUGCAACAAGAAGUCAGAAAGGUUAAUGAAUUGGAUCAGGCAAGAGGCAUCAUCAGUGUGCCGUCUACUGGCGGUGGUACCGGUGUUGUUAUUCUCACUGGAACCGCUAAGAAGAAAGUCACUGAACAAAAGAAUAAAGGGGAAUUAAUAGAACAGAAUCAGGACGGUCUAGAAUAUUCUUCUGAAGAAGAAACCGAAGAUAUUAAAGACGCGGCAGCAAACCUCGCUUCCAAACAGAGGAAAGAACUCGCCAAAGUGGACCAUUCCAGUUUAACUUACAUGCCUUUUAGGAAAGCAUUUUACACAGAGGUAAGCGAACUAGCUCGGAUGUCACUAGAAGAAGUGGAAGCUUAUAGAACCGAAUUAGAAGGCAUUCGUGUCAAAGGCAAAGGUUGCCCUAAGCCAAUCAAAUCCUGGGCACACUGUGGGAUCAGUAAAAAGGAGCUCGAGAUAUUGAAGAAGCUUGGCUUCGAGAAACCCACGCCUAUUCAGGCUCAAGCCAUUCCCGCUAUUAUGUCAGGAAGAGACCUCAUUGGCAUUGCCAAAACCGGUUCUGGCAAAACUCUAGCCUUCAUACUGCCAAUGUUCCGGCAUGUCCUGGACCAAAAUCCGCUGGAGGACACUGAUGGACCAAUAUCCCUUAUAAUGACGCCUACCAGAGAAUUGUGUAUGCAGAUCGGAAAGGAUAUAAGGAAGUUUGCGAAGUCUCUGGGAUUGCGAGUGGUUUGUGUGUACGGCGGCACUGGGAUAUCGGAACAGAUUGCGGAACUGAAGCGCGGUGCUGAGAUGAUAGUUUGCACUCCGGGGCGAAUGAUUGACAUGCUGGCCGCUAACUCGGGCCGCGUUACCAAUUUGCGCAGAGUCACCUAUAUCGUGUUGGACGAAGCGGAUCGAAUGUUCGAUAUGGGCUUUGAACCGCAGGUAAUGAAGAUUAUCGACAAUGUCCGGCCCGACAGGCAAACUGUGAUGUUCAGUGCUACGUUCCCGCGGCAGAUGGAAGCUCUCGCUAGACGAAUUCUGCAGAAACCUAUCGAAGUUCAGGUGGGUGGCCGCAGCAUAGUGUGCAAGGAAGUAGAACAGCACGUGGCAAUUUUAGAAGACGACGCGAAAUUCUUUAAACUUCUAGAAAUAUUGGGACUGUACAGUCAGAUGGGCAGUAUCAUUGUGUUCGUAGACAAGCAAGAAAAUGCUGACAGUCUUCUCAAGGACUUAAUGAAAGCUUCGUAUCCUUGUAUGAGUUUGCAUGGGGGUAUUGAUCAAUUCGACAGGGACUCUACGAUCGUGGACUUCAAAUCGGGCAAGGUGAAGUUGCUGGUCGCCACUAGCGUCGCGGCCCGCGGGCUUGACGUAAAACAAUUGGUGCUGGUCGUCAACUACGAUUGCCCAAAUCACUACGAAGAUUAUGUGCACAGAUGCGGUCGAACCGGCCGCGCCGGUAACAAGGGUUACGCGUGGACCUUCCUCACUCCGGAGCAAGGUCGAUACGCCGGCGACGUUUUGCGUGCCUUCGAACUAGCGGGCACCAACGCGCCGCCGGAGUUGAGACAACUGUGGGAGACUUACAAGGAAGCGCAAGAGAAAGAUGGGAAGAAAGUACAUUCUGGGGGUGGUUUUAGCGGAAAAGGUUUCAAGUUCGAUGAGUCUGAAGCACAAGCGGCCACAGAGAGGAAGAAGUAUCAAAAGGCGGCUUUGGGCCUUCAAGAUUCAGACGACGAAGACGUGGAAGGCGAUCUCGACCAACAGAUCGAAACUAUGCUCGCUGCUAAGAAAAUCGUUAAAGAAAUAAAGCCUGGUCUUGCCAAUGCCACGCCGCCAACAGCUGCAGGCGCUUUGGGUACCGAUGGAAAACUUGAAUUGGCAAAGCGACUGGCAUCUCGUAUUAACAUUGCCAAGGGAUUGGGCGUCGAACAGAAGGGUGCCACACAGCAGGCAGCCGAAGCUAUCCUUAAGGGUGCACCUUCUGCGCACACGCUUAUUACGGCGAAGACAGUAGCAGAGCAGCUAGCGGCGAAAUUGAAUACGCGUCUCAACUACCAGCCACGUGAUGAAAGCGCCAACGAACCGGCCGAAGAGGUGUUCCGGAAGUACGAGACAGAACUGGAAAUCAACGACUUCCCGCAGCAAGCGCGUUGGCGUGUCACUAGCAAGGAGGCGUUAGCGUUGAUCAGCGAGUAUUCCGAAGCGGGUAUCACAGUUCGCGGCACUUAUGUCCCGCCGGGCAAAGCGCCGCCAGAAGGCGAGCGGAAGCUGUAUUUAGCAAUUGAGAGUUCCCAAGAGCUAGCGGUCGCCAAAGCAAAGUCUGAAAUCACUCGACUGAUCAAGGAAGAGCUGCUCAAACUGCAAACCUCAGCGCAUCACAUGGUCAACAAAGCUAGAUAUAAGGUCCUUUAAAUGUUCGAGGGAAAUUAUAGUUUGACGUAUCUUUUAA